AUGAGCAUGGCCUUCUCGUGCGCGAGCGUUCGCCUGCACGGCCGCGUCGACACCGUCAAGUGCCGGGCCGUUCUAGCUAGGCCGAGCGGCUGUUCGUACCCGACUGGAAGGAGGCGGAUCGCUAGAGGAAUCCGUUGCCAGCUGCCGCCGCAGGCCAGUGCGGAUGGGAGCGCAGCCACCACCUCCGGCGCAGCUGUGGUCGCCCGAGAGGCGGGGAAGGUUGCUGGUUCUGCCGAGGACGUCGGCGCGGUUACCCAGCCGACUGCGCUUCAAGAGAAGGGCGCGGAGGUUGCUGACGUUAGUGGAUCGGGUGGGAAUGGGAAGUUCCGGCCUGGUGGCGGCGGUGGUGGAGGUGGGGAUAGUGGUGGGGGUGGCGAUGGUGGGGAUGGCCACAAUGAGGGGGAUGAUGAGUUUGGGCCGAUCCUUAGCUUCGAACAGGUAGUCCAGGAGGUGGAGAAGCAAGGGGUUAGCUUGUCCAGCUUGCCAGCCGAUAUGAUCGAGGCGGCGAAGAGCAUCGGGAUUCAGAAGCUGCUGCUGCUGAGAUACUUGGACAUGCAGGCCUCAGCUUGGCCCUUGGGUCCUGCCAUUAGAUCCUGUGGGCUUCUCCGGAAUAGGAUGCUGGUUGAUCCUGUGUUCCUCUUCAAAAUUGGGACGGAGAUAGUUAUUGACACAUGUUGCGCGACUUUUGCGGAGGUUCAGAAGAGGGGCGAUGAGUUCUGGUCAGAAUUCGAGUUGUAUGCAGCAGAUAUGUUGGUAGGCGUAGUUGUUAAUGUUGCUUUAGUUGGCAUGUUAGCACCAUAUGCUCGAUUCCGUGGGGGGUCUGCAUCAGCAGGUAUUCUUGGGCGUGUUAGGCAUGCUUAUGAUGCUCUCCCGAGCAGUGUUUUUGAAGCUGAAAGGCCAGGAUACAGUUUUUCCAUUCGACAACGGCUCGGAUCAUACCUUCUCAAGGGACUUUUAUAUGGUGCAGUUGGAUUUUCUUGUGGUCUUGUUGGCCAAGGCAUUGCAAACUUGAUAAUGACUGCAAAGCGGAGUGUGAAGAAGUCAGAGAAUGAUGUACCUGUUCCACCUCUUCUGAAAACUUCUGCUUUGUGGGGUGUGUUCCUUGGUGUCUCGUCCAACACCCGUUAUCAGGUAAUUAAUGGUCUUGAGCGGUUGGUUGAGGCUUCGCCUCUUGGCAAGCGUGUCCCAGCUGCUUCUUUGGCAUUCACUGUCAGCGUGCGCUUUGCAAAUAACGUCUAUGGAGGAAUGCAAUUUGUGGAUUGGGCCAGAAUGAGUGGUUGUCAAUGA